AUGUUUUCCAGAUCUGUUUCCCGCGUGGCUCAGCCACUCAAGACUCAAGCUCGCCGAUAUGCGACAGAGUCAGGAUCACAGGGCGGAUCCAACACUUUCCUCUACCUUGCGGGUGGUGCUGCUGUCGCCGGCGCUGGUUACUACUACUUCAGCGGAAGCUCCUCUGUCGCCGCAAAGGUGAAGGAGGCUGUCCCUGCCAAGCCAGCGUUUACUGGCGGCGACCAGGGAUUCGUUUCCCUGAAGCUGGCUGAUAUCGAAAUCGUCAACCACAACACCAAGCGUCUCCGUUUCGAGCUCCCAGAGAGCGACAUGGUUUCCGGACUUCAGAUUGCCAGUGCCAUCCUGACCAAGUACAAGGGUCCCAACGACGAGAAGGCUACUCUUCGACCUUAUACUCCCAUCAGCGACGAAGGCGAAAAGGGCUAUCUUGAUCUCUUGAUCAAAAAGUACCCCAACGGCCCUAUGAGCACGCACAUCCACGACUUGGUUCCCGGACAGCGCCUGGACUUCAAGGGCCCUCUGCCCAAGUACUCCUGGGCUGAGAACAAGCACAACCACAUUGCCCUCAUUGCUGGCGGCACCGGCAUCACGCCCAUGUACCAGCUCUGCCGAUCCAUCUUCAGCAACCCCAACGACAAGACCAAGGUCACCCUUGUGUUCGGCAACGUCACUGAGGAGGACAUUCUUCUCCGUCGUGAGCUUGCUGAGCUGGAAAACACAUACCCUCAGCGGUUCCGUGCUUUCUAUGUCCUGGACAAGGCACCCAAGGGCUGGCAGGGCGGCAGUGGAUUCAUCUCCAAGGAUUUGCUCAAGACUGUGUUGCCUGAGCCCAAGGAGGAGAACAUCAAGUUGUUUGUUUGUGGGCCUCCGGGGUUGAUGAAGGCCAUUUCUGGCCCCAAGGUUAGCCCCAAGGAUCAGGGUGACCUGUCUGGCUCGCUGAAGGAUCUUGGCUAUACCAAGGAACAGGUCUACAAGUUCUAA